AUGGUGCACUAUCCUCCAGACAACGAAGGCGUAGCCCAGCCCCAAAGACAUCCGCGUGCAGAUGAGAUACCCCACCCCUCAUCCACCCUCCGGACACCGCCCAUGGUAAUCAAAGAACAUAUCUGGGCAAUUCUUCGACCACUGGACCGAAGCACAAGUCUCAUACAUCACCAGUCCGCUAGCAGGCGUUCCCCGAUCCAGCUUAACCAGCGCGCGUGCGGAGUACGGUGUGUCGAAAUCCCUCCGCUUUUCGCCAUGGCAGGCGCGCCCCCGGUGUCGGCCUUCCGACACUGCGUAUUUUGCGGUGUAUCUGAGCCCGCAUGCGCAUCUCACUGCGUCGUUGGGGUGCUCCGAAGGCACGCAACAGGGAGGUUCGCAGCAGAGGCCUUCACUCCGGGGACAGACGACGGGGGCCCCAGUAGGGCUUAUAGUGCACAAUAUGGAGAGUAA